CGAACAUUCACCUCAUCCACCCCCAUUACUCCCCCACCGCACGCGAACCAACCUACUACGAAAUCCUCGACGUCCCUCCAACCGCCACCCAAUCCGAGAUCAAAAAGAAAUUCUACGCCCUCUCCCUCCAACACCACCCGGACCGCAACCGCGACGACCCCAGCGCCUCCAACCGAUUCGCCCAAAUAUCCAGCGCCUACAACACCCUCAGCAAUGCCACGAAACGCAGUAUCUACGACCGCGACCACCACAUCCACAUCCAUGCAUCCUCAACGCACAGCACAGCAACGCCAGGCCAACACCCCAUGGGCAGCUACAGCAGCUACAGCGCGAACCUGCACACGAAGGGGGCGUCGUACGCGGGGUCGCGCCCAGCCAGCGGAUUAAGUAAACGACGGGGUCAGUUCCGUGGGCCGCCGCCGAGUUUCUAUGCGCAUGGGGGGUAUGGAGGGACUGGGAGGCGGGCUGGUGCUGGUGCUGGUGCUAGUGUAGAUGGAGAAGGUGGUGGUGGUGGUGGUAGUGGUGGUGCGAAGGGGACAGCAGAGGAUGAUCCGACGUCAUUUAUUCAUCGGAAUACGGUGUGGCAUUUUAAUGCGAAGGGGCAUUAUAGGACGCAGACGAGGGAGGAUGAGAGGAGGCAGGAGCGGAGGUCGAGGGAGAUGGCUGGGGCGUCGCACAUUAAUGAUAAGUAUCUUGGGAGUCCCGGGGCCAUGGCUGUUAGGUUUAUUGUGGUCUGUGGGAUAUUAAUGGGGGCGGGCGCUAUGACGGGGGUGUGGAACGGUGAUCGGGCCGGUGGGCAGACGAAGUCGACUAAGUCGGUGGGGAGGAAGGAGGGAUGAUCGGGGUUUAGAGUGUGGUCAGUUCUCUUCCUGGUGGGUUGGGUUGGUUCUGUAUAUUGGAGGCAACUGGCUGGUUCAUAGACAUUCAUCUGGCGCAGGACUUGCUGGGAGGUUCAGUUCGGCAUGCAUUCGGUUAUAGCUGGUUCUAUACCCGCGACUCUGCGGAGAGUCCACAUUUGUAUAUACUAUAGACGGGCUUGGCUUGAAACAAGGAAA